AUAUAAUAGACUAACCUCACUUUUAUAUUUUGCGCCAAAAAUAAUUUUGAGUUUUCCCCUGUCAUAGUAGUCUUUUGUUACAUGAAAUGUAUUUUAUUAAACGUCGAACAUUUUUUUCGAAUUUUGUUAAUUGAAUUACAAUUGUUAUUUAAAGUAAUUAUUUAUAGCAGCAAGACCGAGUUUGAGCAAUUUUAUUCGACAUGAACAAUAAUAAAAAUAAUAUAGAUGAUAUUAGAUUUUUUACAUUUAAUGGUACACUCAGAAAUCAUUCAGAACUUGGUGACCGAAACGAAAAUACAAAUUCAUCAAGCUGUCAUAAGUUAUUAUAUCCAGUAAAUAAAUUGCCUGAAAAUUAUAGACAUAUUUUUUCAAAUUUUGAGUAUUUCAAUAAAAUACAGACAAAAGCAAUCAGUACUAUUUUGCAUACAGACAAAUCGAUUGUAGUAUCAUCACCAACCGGAACUGGAAAAACAGUAAUUCUUGAAUUAGCUAUUGUUCGCUUUUUAGAAACACUCAGAAAGUCUUGUACCAAUUUGGAAAAUUCAAAAAUUAUAUACGUGGCUCCGAUAAAAUCAUUAUGUUCUGAACGUUAUGAAGAUUGGAAAAAUAAAUUUUCAACUUAUGGACUUAAAAGUGUGGAAUUAACUGGUGAUACAGAACAUACUUAUGAUUUGGAUAUAAUCGAUAAUUACCAAUUAAUAAUAACUACUCCUGAAAAAUGGGAUUCAUUUACGAGAAAAUGCAAAAAGUUGAAAUGUCUAUUAAAUAAUAUCAAAAUAUUUUUAAUUGAUGAAGUAAAUUUAGUAGACGAAGGUGAUCGCGGAGCUACCUUAGAAACUAUUAUUAGUCGUAUGAAAAUUAUCCCAAAAUUCACAAAAUUAAUCAAUUUUACUUUACGUUUUGUGGCUGUAUCUGCUACAGUAUCAAAUAUUGAAGAUAUUGCAAAAUGGCUAAGAAGUAAUCAAAAUGAUCCAACUCAUUACUUCAAAAGUAAUGAAGACGAAAGACCAGUGAAAUUACAAAAAAUUGUAUUAGGUUAUAACUAUAAUCCCUGCAGUAAUUAUAAAUUUGACAUUGACCUUACAUAUAAACUAAAAAUGUUGAUAUUGCAGUAUUCAAAAGGGCGGCCUACCUUAAUAUUUUGUACUACAAGAAAAAGCGUAGAAUUUACUUGUAGUAUUUUAUUAAAUGAUAUUACAAUUCCGUUAUGUGAUGAUAAACAAAACAGAAUAAAUGAAUGGUUAACACAAAUAAAUAAUAAUAAAAUUAAAGAAUUAGUCAAACAUGGCAUUGGUUGUCACCACGUUGGAAUGUCUUUUCAAGAAAGAAAUACUGUAGAAAAUUUAUUUCGGAUUGGUUGUUUAAACAUUCUUGUAGCUACUAGUACUUUAGCCAUAGGAGUAAAUUUACCAGUUCAUUUGGUUAUAAUAAAAUCAACUGAAUAUUAUUAUUUUAACGGCUAUAAAGAGUACAGUAAAUGUCAAAUAUUACAAAUGGUCGGAAGAGCCGGAAGACCUCAAUAUGAUACAACUGCUACUGCUAUUAUUAUGACCAAGAAAUCUAUGAAGUGCCGGUACGAAGAAAUAUUUAUGGGAAACCAACUUGUGGAAAGCCAUCUGCAUAAGAACUUAAUUGAACACUUAAAUGCAGAAAUAUUUUUAGGUAUGAUCUAUGACAUAAGUGAUGCAAUGAACUGGAUACGAUCUACAUUUUUGUAUGUUCGAGCUUGUAAAAAACCUCAAAGUUAUGGCUUAUCGAGAAAUUAUAAUCUAAAUGAAAUAGAAAAUGGGCUUCAAAAUUUAUGUUUAACAGAGAUAAAAAAAUUAGCAUGCACUGGGUUGAUUCACUUUUCAGAUGAAAAUAAUAAAAUAACUUCAAGACCAGAAAGUGAAAUAAUGGCUAAGUAUUCAUUAAGCUUUGAAACAAUGAAAUCAUUCAUGCAUUUAAAAGGAACUGAAAAUUUAAAUGAUAUGAUACGAUUGUUAACUUACUCUAAAGAAUUCGAAAAUAUCAAAUUGAGAAGAACUGAAAAAGGAAAGUUGAAUAUUUUAAAUAAAAAUAAAUUAUCAGAAGCAAAUAGUAUACGAUUUCCAAUCGAAGAAGGAAUUAACACUCGGGAAUCUAAAAUUAAUUGUCUAUUACAAGCGACUUUUGGAGUAUUAAAAAUUACAGACAGUUCAUUAUCACAAGAUGCGAAUAUAAUAAUUUUGAUUUCAAUACGACUGACUAAAGCUUUGAGGGAAAUCACUUUCAGAGGAACGAAAUUUGAAAUUUCACGAGUAGCAUGUAUUUUAGCAAAAUGUGUGUCAGCAAAACUGUGGGAGAAAUCAAAAUUUGUUUCAAAGCUUAUCCCUAAAAUAGGACCUGUACUAUCAGGAGAUUUUGUUUUAAAUGGAAAAACAACUUGGCAAUUAAUUAAAAAUACCGACCCUAGAGAUAUAGAACGGUUCCUUAAUCGAAAACCACCGUUUGGAAACUAUAUCCACGAUUUUAUUCGACAAAUUCCAAAAUACAAAGUUCUGGUAUUCUUUGAUGCAAACUUGGAAUUAAUUGUUUUGAAAAUCUUUUUAAUAGAUCACAAAAACAUUUCAAAAAAUGUACAAUUUCACACAGUAUCAGUAUUAGUGGGCGAUACUGAAAAUCAUCUUUUAAAUGCUCUACAAAUACGCAAUGAAACAUUUUUAAAACAAGGAGGGGUCAUAGAUAUGAAUAUACCAUUGCAAAAUUAUAUUUUUUCAAAUAAACCCGACUACAUGGUUAUUGUUUCAUUAAUUAGUGAUCAAUGGGUUGGGGUUGAUAUUGAAAUUAAAUUUAAACCAAACGAUCACGAAGAACACAUUAAAGAAUCAAUGAGUGAAGAUAGCAGUGUUGAAGAAUCACUACCAACAAUUUUAUCUCCACGGCCGUCAAUAGAGCAGAUUUCAAAAAUAACCAAACAAAUUGAAAAAGAAAAAACGCAGGUAAAUAUUAAGAAAUAUUUACAUAACGUUCCUUCAAAAGAACAAGACCUUAAAGCCACGAAUAAACUUUGCGGGGAAGAAAAAAAAGACGUGUGUAUCACCAAAGAAAAUACUGAUUCAAGACAUUCAACUAUAGGUCAAAUGCUUGAAACUAGUCGAAGCAAAGGAUGGGUAAAUGAAUAUAAUAAAUUCGAUAAAGACGAUUUCAAAAAAUAUUAUCGUUACCAUGAGUUAAUAAAUGAAGAUGUAUUCAGUAAUUUAUUCGUGCCCGAUGAUAAUUGUCAAAUCAUCUCUAAAGCAUUUGAUUCGGCGAUAGAGAAGUUUUGUUUGAAAAAAAGUUCACAUCAAAAAGAAUAUUUGAAAAAUAAAAUUCGCCUUGAAGUUGUCGACCCCAUGCAAUCGCAAUGUUUAAGAGACAGUUUUUCGAUUGGGAAAUUGGAAAACAGUAAAUUGUUAAUGAACAACGUACACGAUAGAGCGGCUAUUGGUAAUACAGGUAUCUUCAGCUCUUAUCAAAUUGCUCAUGGAAAUCGAUACGGCAACGAUCAAUCUGACGACAGUAAAGAAAAUGACGUUCUCUAUAAAUCACUUCAAACAAAAAAACGUGUUCCAUUGGGUGUUCUACGAGAUGAAAACAUGCGUAAGCAACUUGGGAACCAGCCAGUAAUACCGUCAAUAAAGGAGUUAGGAGUGAAAAAUAAUUGUUUCGUAGACAUUAAAACGAAUCAUAACGUGGUCCCGUCUAGAAAACGAGUGUGGAAUCUGACAGACAGCGCCAUCGCCGACUUGGAACCCACUACUCCGACCGCAUCAGGUCGAUUGUCCCGCCAAAUAGAAACCAACUUGAAGGCCUCGGCCGAUUUUUACGUAAAAUCGAAAGGGGAAAUCAUCUCGGACAUCUGUCGCAAGGAAAACGUAGUCCCGACCAGUAGUGAAUCGAGUGACAUUACCGCCACGACUGCGUCCAAACUUCGUAGCCGUAAAACUUCACUAGACAAGUAUUUCAGAGCGGUGAAAACUUUGCGUCGGCCUAAAACUCUGAGCUCCAUUGGAUUUAUUGUAGCAAACGAAAAUUAUUCGGCAGAAAGUUCGGAUGACGUGGGCAAACGACGUUCCGGCGGGAUACAUAUCGAAGACAAAUACGCGAUCGAAUCGUCUCCGGAAGCGCAGCUAGGGACGAAUGUUAUCCAGGACAAUAAAUUAUUAUUCACUAGAAGUGUUUCCGACCAUACGAUGAAAUCAACUCGGAAGAAGCACAUGUUCCUGGGCAGUGUUUAAAUUUUUUCCCAACGAAGACUACAACAACGAAUAAUCGCCUUACCGAAUUUGAUUUUAUGUUUACUCCAGCGAAUACGAACACAUCUAAAACAAAGUAUUAAUAACAACAGAAUUGGUUUUUAGGAAUAUAGGAUGAUAAGUUAACAUACUACUCGUAUUUCAAACAGGUUAUA